GGAUCGUGCCGAGCAGUGAAUCACCACUUAAGGUUGCGCCAUGCGUCGACAUUUUCUUAUGUGUGUUUUCUAUUUUAUGUUGUAGUGUGUUUUGGAUUUCCGCUACAUAAAUUCAUGUUUCCCAUCAUAUAUUUUCUUUUAUUUAUGUUUGAAAUGUGUAAUAUAAGUGGAAAACCUGAUACCACAAGUUUCCUUGAAUUUUUCGCAAAACAAAAGAUGGUGUAUGUUUUUGAGAUGUUGGAAAUGGAAAUACCAUGAUGUUAUUUAGUAAAAGUAAGUCUUUAACAGGUUUUAUAGUUUUUCUACAUGGCACAUAGGGUAUCUUGUGAGAGUGCCCGGAUCCUACGGGAUGAGGAAAUUCGGGACAGGUUGUGUCAAGUUGCCUUACUCUUUUUUAUUUGAUUGGGGCAAAACCUAGUGGAUUUGGUGUUUGUAAUGACAACGAAGAUGAACCACAGCCUAAAAGACUUGGAGAAGACAAUUUCUUCUGAAGAGCAAAAGUCUAUAUCUUCUACUUUUGUUUUAUAAAUAUAUUGCAAAAUGGGAGCUUUUUAUGUUGAUGAUACGAACCAGAACCAUUGGUGUAAUAAGUUUCUUCAACAUAUGACAACUGGGUUCUGGUUGGAAAAAGGUUGGCAGUUUUUAAGGACUUUUCCGAACAGAUUCAAGCAGCGUCCUUUGGACAGACAUUUCGAGAUCAAUAAUGUCAAGAGGGUGCUUUUAGCUGUUGAAGCGCAUGUCUCGAUCGGAGAUUAUCUCACUGGAUUGGUUCCAAUGUCCUUUUGUUCGAGUGAAGUCUGAAAUUUCUACUGGUUGUUACUCUGAUUCUAAUGCUUCUGUUUAAACAAAAAAGAAACCGAAUCCAAGUUCAUAGUUAGCUCCUGCUGUUAACUUUGAUAUAUGAAACAAUGUUUAAUUUGGUGAUGUAUCAAAGUGCAUGUCUUCCUCUAAAAUUUUGAAAGCAAUUUCAGAUUCAUUGACACUUAGUGGA